AUGACAUUUCAGACUGAGCAGUACUGGAAAGAACAGAUUUUCUAUGGAAUGUUUGUUCGUGCUCAGAUUCUUUUGGCAUACAAGUUGCAGGAUUCUACAGGCUAUUGGGAAUCUUUGAUUUUUGAAAAGAUUGAUUCAGCGACAAGAUCGUUGCUGUCCGCGAAUAUGUGUACACAAGAACUACAAUCAUGCGUGAACAAUAUGAUGAACAACUUCGUGGACUGUUCGUUAUAUCCGAAAAUGCAAAUAACAACACAAGUGAUGCAACUUAUAUGUGAUCUAAAAGAGAAUAAAAACCUUACAUCAACUUGCUACAAGGAAGUUCUGAUAACUUUACACGUAACCAUUGCUGAUGUUCUAAGAAAUGGAGACAAUGUAGAAAAUGAGGUGUCCACAUGCCAGUCACCCGAGGCGUAUAUGGCGAAGCGUUUGAUUUGUGCUGAAGUGGCCUGUCCGAAAGAAUCUAAAACUUUCCAUAGUUUUACACCAUGGUCAUGGUUUAUGUCAGUUGAAGAUGAUCUUAUGAUUGAAUGUAAACUUACACCAUCAUCAUGUGACGUCCCAGAACAGACAGGAACGCCAGUAAACGGAAAUGUCGUCACAACGACAGGUAAACAAGCGCCGCAACUGGAAGUGAAGCCACAAGAAGAAAACACGGCUACAUCUGGAACUUCUUCAUUUACAACAUCACAAUAUUCAUCAUCAACUACAUGGCCGGAGUCGUCUACGAGUUACCCGCCAGAGGAUGAAAAAUGUUACACAGAUGCCGUAUUCCAGAAUUUUUGCCCAGUACCAGAUGAUAUGGCGGAUGUGUCGUUUUGGGACUUGUACUCGGUGUUCUUCUCGGACUCUGUGCUAGAUGCAUUGAUGAUAGGCUGCACAAAAGGAUCGUGGUGUCUCAAAGAUAAAUUUGAUUAUUGGCAGUCAUUAAUAGUAGAGAGGGUUGACAUGGUAAUGCACUCAGAGAUAGCAGAAAGUAUGUGUAGGUGUGCUUAG